CGUGAUUGCAGUCCCAGGGGAGGGAGUCAGAGCUAGAACACCAAUUACAAACCACAGGCUUCCUCCUCUAGGGAGUUGAUCCAGAAUUGUCUUUCUGGAAGGGAAGCACUCGAAUCUUUCCGAACUUUCCAAGCCCAUCCAUGAUUCAGAGAUACUGCUUUCUCCCUCUGGGAUUUUCUGUGUUCCUGGUAGUGAAUUGUUGCUGAUGUAUUUUCUACUUUGCUCCUUUUCUCUCUCAAGAUUUGAUCAUUUUAUAUGCUGUUCGGGGAGAAAAAGAACUUUUGUUAGAAAGGAGAUUUCAGAAAUGAUUUUGGAUCCUUUAUAAGUGCUUUUAGAGUCUUGGGAACAGUAGCUCUAACCCUGGAGUAAAUGUUUGCCUUUGACCUGCAUGGAUUAUUUUUUCAGGCUGCGGAAUUUCUCGGCACCUACCUACAGUGUGGGGCACUUGGUUUGGUUGCAGUGUAAGAAGGUGGAAGAAUGAGCUGUACUUGGUUAAGCAGUUGAAACCUUUUUUGAGCAGGACCUAUAAAAGCAUAAUUGAAUUUGUUUCACCCCCGUGGAUUCCAGUGGGCCCGACAGCGCAACAGGUUUGCAGAUUUCUUUUGAAAUUCUUAUUUUUCUCCCUCUGCCUCAGCAAAAGAAAAGGAUCUAUGUUAACAGGUUCAUGUUCAAUUGCUUGGCUUUUCAGCACUUUUUCUGAAGACUUUAUAAGACUUUUUAACUUGACCUCUGAACACGGCGGGCUUUAUGGUUGAAGUGCAUUUAUAUUUACUUAAGGGUGCACAUUUUAAUAUCUUAGAACUCAGAUUUUGUUUGUACAAAGACCCAAAUUCUCAAGUGUGCCUAGAAAUAGCACAGAUCUACUCUACUCAGGCUUAUUUAUACUUUUUCAGGGUGUUCUACUUAGAGCCUGUAGACUAAUCACCUCCCUACUCCCCCUAUCUUUUAUUCCCCGCCCCCUCAAGGAAUUUGAAAACGUGUUAGGAAUGGUCCUUUGUUUUACUUAUGAACCUAGAAAAUUACAGAUUAUAAAAUCUGGAUAAUAAAGUAGUUUCCAAAAUCAUCUCAUGGGAAAUCAAAGUACUUGACAUUCUCAAGCAGGAGAAUAAAAGCUGGAAUCCCUAACAGAGAAAGGAAAAUAAAGAUAGAAAUAUCAAUUUUAACUGGGAAAAAUAAUUGAAAAGCUAAACUUUUCAAAUAUUCUUUGAAUUUUGAAAGUUGGAAAAAGCGGUGAUACUCAGGAUUAUCCUGUAAUAUGUGAAGACAUAUAAAUUAGCAUCUAAUUUAUAGACAAAUUUAGGUAGAAAAUUAAAAAUGAUAGUAUAUUUAAGUUCAUGAAAAGUAUUAUAAAUUCAAUGGGUCUAGAACUUUGGCUACCCUAAAAUACAGUUUAAUGUGGAAACUUUUAUGAAUACGUGUUAUAGCAUCUUUGGACAUCCCUCACGGUGUGGCCUGAAAUAUAUUGUACCCUCUCCUUCUCCAUUAAAACAAAAAUCCUCCUAUGACCAUUGACAAGUUUUGUGGCUUAAAAAGGACCAUCUCUUCAUUUUCCGAGCUGGCGUGUUUCACUCUCACCUUCAGUGCAUGGCUUUAGUUGUUUACUUUGCCUUGUUUUGUUCAUUAACAUUGGAUUUAGUGGCUCAGCAACUUGAUGCAUAUGGAAGACCAGCACCAAGUGAUCUGACAUAAUAAAAAUUCAGGAUGUGACAUUCAACCUCAAGCAAAGUUGGAAAUUCCAAACAGAAGUGGUGAUAUCUUUACUAAUAAUAGUGAAGAUGGGAGAAAAUGACAUCCCUGCAGCAGAAGUGGGCUGAAAACACCUUCUUCUCUGCCAGAUCAGGAAUGCCACCUGUUCUUGGGAAUAUACUUUAGAGAAAGGAAGGGCCAAAACUACGACUUGGCUUUCAAAAACUGAAGCAUAAAUUCUCUUUUCCUCCAUAUUUGUCUGGAUCUGAGAACCUGCAUUUGGUAUUAGCUAGUGGAAGCAGUAUGUAUGGCCGAGGUGCAUUGCUGCAGCUGGUAGCAUGAGUGGUGGCCACCAGCUGCAGCUGGCUGCCCUCUGGCCCUGGCUGCUGAUGGCUACCCUGCAGGCAGGCUUUGGACGCACAGGACUGGUAUUGGCAGCAGCGGUGGAGUCUGAAAGAUCAGCAGAGCAGAAAGCUAUUAUCAGAGUGAUCCCCUUGAAAAUGGACCCCACAGGAAAACUGAAUCUCACUUUGGAAGGUGUUUUUGCUGGUGUUGCUGAAAUAACUCCAGCAGAAGGAAAAUUAAUGCAGUCCCACCCCCUGUACCUGUGCAAUGCCAGCGAUGACGACAAUCUGGAGCCUGGAUUCAUCAGCAUUGUCAAGCUGGAGAGUCCCCAACGGGCCCCGCGCCCCUGCCUGUCACUGGCCAGCAAGGCCCGGAUGGCAGGGGAGCGAGGAGCUAGUGCGGUCCUCUUUGACAUCACUGAGGAUCGAGCUGCUGCUGAGCAGCUACAGCAACCCCUGGGGCUGACUUGGCCAGUGGUGUUGAUCUGGGGUAAAGAUGCCGAGAAGCUGAUGGAGUUUGUGUACAAGAACCGAAAGGCUCAUGUUAGGAUUGAGCUGAAGGAGCCCCCAACCUGGCCAGAUUAUGAUGUGUGGAUCCUCCUGACGGUGGUGGGCACCAUCUUUGUGGUCAUCCUGGCUUCAGUGCUGCGCAUCCGAUGCCGCCCCCACCACAACAGGCCGGAUCCCCUUCAACAGCGAACAGCCUGGGCCAUCAGCCAGCUGGCCACCAGGAGGUACCAGGCCAGCUGCAGGAGGGCCCGGGCUGAGUGGCCAGACUCAAGUAGCAGCUGUAGCUCAGCCCCUGUGUGUGCCAUUUGCCUGGAGGAGUUCUCUGAGGGCCAGGAGCUACGGGUCAUUUCUUGCCUCCAUGAGUUCCAUCGUGUGUGUGUGGACCCCUGGCUACAUCAGCAUCGGACUUGCCCUCUCUGCAUGUUCAACAUCGUAGAGGGUGAUUCAUUUUCCCAGUCCCUGGGACACUCUCGAUCUUAUCAGGAACCAGGCCGGAGACUCCACCUCAUUCGCCAGCAUCCGGGCCAUGCCCACUACCACCUACCUGCUGCGUACCUGUUGGGCCCUUCCCGGAGUGCAGUGGCUCGGCCCCCGCGAUCUGGUCCCUUCCCAACCUCGCAGGAGCCAGGCACAGGCCCCCGGCACCACCGUCUCCCCAGAGCCGCACAUCCUCGGGCUCCGGGCGAGCAGCAGCGCCUGGCGGUGGCCCAGCAUCCCUACGCGCAGGGCUGGGGGCUAGGCCGUCUCCGAUGCACCUCGCAGCACCUCUCCGCUUGCCCAGCACCCCCACGCCGGGCCAGGCCUCACGACAGCAGCGGUUCUGGAGAAAGCUACCGCACGGAACGCAGUGGCUACAUGGCAGACGGGCCAGCCAGUGACUCCAGUUCGGGGCCCUGUCAUGGCUCUUCAAGUGACUCAGUGGUCAACUGCACGGACAUCAGUCUGCAGGGCAUCCAUGGCAGCAGUUCUACCUUCCGCAGCUCCCUGAGCAGUGACUUUGACCCCUUGGUGUACUGCAGCCCUGAAGGGGAGCCCCGGGGGGAGGAGACCCAGCCUAGUGUGACCUCUCGGCCCCGUUCUUUGGACUCAGUGGUACCCACAGGAGAAACCCAGGUUUCCAGCCACAUCCACUACCACCGGCACCGGCACCACCACUACAAAAAGCGCUUCCAGUGGCAUGGCCGGAAGCCUGGCCCAGAAACUGGGUUGCCCCAGUCCAGGCCUGCCAUUCCUCGGACACAGCCCCAGCCAGAGCCGCCUUCCCCUGAUCAGCAAGCUGCCAGAUCCAACCCAGCUGCCCCCUCAGGACAGCUCCCCCAUCCACAACGGCCCAAGGCCCUCGUCGAAGCAGCCGCAGGCCCAGCUGAUGCCUCCAGUCCCAGUCCCAGCAGCCUCUUCCACUUGCAGAAAUCCAGCCUCCCUGUUCGACAUCCACAGAGGAAAAGGCGAGGGUGCCUCUCAGAGCCCCCCCCAGCCUCUCGGCCUCAGGACUUGACUGCACACCCAACUUGCCAGGUUUUCCCCCAUUACGCUACCAGCUUGGCAUACCCUUGGUCCCCAGAGGCCCAUCCAUUGAUCUUUGGACCUCCAGGCCUGGAGAGGAGGCUGCUACCAGAAACCCCAGGCCCUUGUUACCCAAGUUCACAGCCAGUGUGGUUGUGUCUGACUCCACGCCAGUCCCUGGAACCACACCCACCUGGGGAAGGGCCUUGUGAAUGGAGUUGUGGCACCCUGGAGGGCAGGUCAUGCCCUUACCCACACUGCCAGGUGCUGCCAGCCCAGCCUGGCUCAGAGGAGGAGGAGCUUGAGGAGCUGUGCGAACAGGCUGUGUGAGAUGCUCAGACUUCACUUCAACCAAGUGUGCUCCGGCUGACUUGGGGGCCCUGUAUGGCACAGAGUUAUGCUCCUGAGAGAAGAAAGGACCUCGGAAAACACCCCUCUUUUUUGCUAUACUUCCUGGAACCUCUGGAAGAGGGGUGGUGAUGGUGGGGGGGCAGGAAGUGUUCCCUGCUCCUAGCUCUGGACCCUGCGUGCAGAAUGCAUUUGCAGGGCAGCAAGUCUGUGUCCAGCCUGGCAACUAGCUACUGCCUAUGUGGGCUGGCUCCUUAAGGGAGAGCAGGAAGCUAGGUGUGGGUAGUUAGGUGUUGAAAAGGUGCUGCUUCUUUCCCCAGACCCUGCAGGUCUUCCUCAUCCCAAGUCUCAUGUGCAUACCUGCCAAUGGGUCCUUCUUACCUCCUUUCUUGGGUGAGUCCUGCACACCAGCUUUGACUCCUCGGUAAAGCUGCUGCAUCAGCAGCAACCUGGCUCUUCUUUUCCUUCUUUGCAAAAGGAUCAAGAACAUAGGUGAGGCCUGGGAAGCUCUGCAGCUUCUCCAGGCAGUGCCUACCCUGGUGCAUAAGGGAGAAUGUUUUUCCCUUCUUGUUCUUAAUUGUCAGAUCCACUCUAUUAAGUCAGAGGGGAGACUGUGGGAAGCCAGGGUGUGGAGUCGUGUCCCAGCACCAUGUUCUGGCACCAUGAAGAACCUGGGAUGGACCCUCUGACUUUCAAACUCCCUUCUCUCUCCAGCAACUCCCAGUUCCUCUGGGUAUUGGGGGGGGGGGGCAGUGGGGAGGGAAUAAUUCUUUUCUAGAGAUUGCCUAUCUCAAAGUCCCAAAGUAGAUGGAAAGAAAAGGAUUUCUGAUGAACUUCGUCUAGAAAAGGGAGGAUGGAAUGAAGGUAGAAAAGGCAGAAUUACAGCUGAACAAGGACAACGAUGAAUCUGGGGGUCUUCUCUCAGAGCAGGGAUGGGAAACGGGAGAACAAAGGAAAAGCAAGGUGGGACAUUUGGGUUUAGAUGGCCCCAAGGCCCAGCUUCCCAUUAUAAGCCAUAUAGGCCAGGGAUGCCCAGGAAGGUGUGCAUGCAGGAUAUCUGGCCUGGGUAGCUGGUACUGAGUGGCAAGGGCUGAGGGGCCUCCUGACGGUGACAUUCACCCCAGGGCAGCUUGACCAUUGCUGGCUCCUCAGGCAUUAUCCCAUUUGGAAUGUGAAUGUGGGAGCAAAGUGGGCACAGGACCCUACCUGGGAAUCUUCUUCCCUCAAAGUCAGUGGGGAACUAGCACCUACCGAAGCACCCACAUGGGUAUUUAUAUCUGAACCAGACAGAAAGACGCUUGAAUCAGGCACUAUGUUGAGAAAUGUAUUUAUUUGCUAAUAUAUUUAUCCAUAAAUGAGGUCUGGUCUUGUGGUUUUGUUCUCUCAUGACUGUCACUCAGGGUAACAAAUUCAUCUUCUCCAUUGACAGAAAUAAAUUAUUUCUGGUAUCAGAGGCUAGGCUCUGAUUUAUGAAAGGACAGGACAGAGUGGUAGACUAGGUAACAAGAAUUGAUUUGUAAGCCCCUAAAAACGAUUUGGUGAGAUAAGGGAAGGGGGAAGCAUGACAAGAUUCACACUGUGGUCCAGUCGUUAUCAGACUUAUUGUACUUUUCACUUCACACAUUCUUAUGAUGCUUCAGUGACUUUGUGACCUUGGGCAAAUAUUCUGUGCCUCACUUUUUUCCGCCCAUAAAAUAGGCCUACUUCACAGAGUGGUUGCAGGGCUCCCAUGAGAUAAGCGUGAAAGUAUGUUUGGAAAGUAUCCAGUGACAGGGAACAUUCUAACCCCAGUCACAGAACCCAUCUGAACACACGCCCCCCUUGAAAAAGCUCUGUUUCAGUUGGGACGCCUGGUUGGGAGGAUAGAACAGUAGGGCCUGAAACUACUGAAACUAUCCCAGAGCUCCAAUCCUGAUAAACACAAAUGACUGUGCUCUGCCUCCCCACGGGACUACGGUUGAGGAUCAAGAGCUGGUGCUAUGUUGGUAUGAAUUCCACAGAGCCUGGGGCAGCCUCUGCUCUCAUCCUCACAAAGCACAUUUCCCCCUCUGCUUCUCCAGGACAGGUUUCCUAGGGGGUGGUCAUUGUCUGUUGCCCAGUUUUGAACAGGAGAGCAAAGAAACAUCCAGCUUGCUAUAGGGUGAAAUCAAAACAAAACAAAACAAAACAAAACACAAUCUCCAAUCCCCUACAGAUAUUCUGAAGUAAAGGACCUGUGUCUAAAUGCUGCACGAAACAAAUUAUCAGCUGGAACAAGGAAAGUACGUAAAGAGUUUUAAAAAAUAAUGGGCCUGGUAUCCGCCAUGGGCUCACAAGCCAGCAUUCCCGUGGACGGCGAAUGGAAACCCUUUACUGCUCUCAGGAAAGAAAGGGGCCGUCCCUGAUUUUCCUCUCUGCAGAGAUAAUCCAGAUGGAGACAGUGGACUCUGGCCCUGCGCUUUUAAAACGGGAAGACAAAAAAGAAUCUCGGCUGACAUCUGGGAUCCUCCUAAGGGGACCGGCGGCCGGCUGCCAGCGGCCUAGAUCAAACGGCCCGCCCCGCCGGGAGUUCCGGCCGGAGCCGCGGCGCGCUCCCGCGCAGGCGCCAGCCCCGCCACCCCUCCCCCACGGGCCCUACCCACAGGCGCAACUGCCUUCCCGGCCUCGCCCUCGCGCCCGCCCAGGUGGCGGGUGCGCGCGCCGGCCCAGGUGACUCCCGGCCGGCCCCGCCUCCAGGCGGGAGAAACCAUCUCCUUGACCGGGGGGGGAGGGGGGCGGGGGAGAGAGAGAGAGGCGUGAGUCCGCGGCUCCCCACACCGGAACAGGAAGUGCGGAAAACCGGAAGUGGAAGGCAUUCUGGACUAUAGACCAGUUUGAAUAUGACGGAUGUGACAAUUGUGAUGCAUACCUUCAGAUGAAGGGUAACCGGGAGAUGGUAUAUGACUGCACCAGUUCUUCCUUUGAUG